AUGAGUGAGAGACACACUCCACACAGAAACAGAGGAGCAGUUCUGGUCAUGGUGCUGGUGGUCUGUCUCUGGGACAUGCUACUGCCAACAGAGGGCUACUCAGUGACUCACGAGGUCCGGACUGGGACCUGUGAAGUGGUGGCUCUGCACCGCUGCUGCAACAAGAAUAAGAUUGAGGAGCGCUCGCAAACAGUCAAGUGUUCGUGUUUCCCUGGACAAGUGGCCGGCACCACGAGAGCAGCACCUUCAUGUGUGGACGCCUCGAUAGUGGAGCAGAAGUGGGAUGGAGCUGCGCUACUGGCAACAAAAUCAAAACCACCAAGAUUUCUGCUGACAAAGAACAACUCUGGUAACACCAUGGACUACACAGUGGGUUUCAGGUAA